AUGGUCGCCCCCAAGGCCCUCCUCGCCGCCACGGGCACCCUCGCUCUGGCCAGUGCCUCCUCCUUCACCACCAUCACCACCUCCACCACGGAGCCCGCCACCGCCGCCGCGACCAUCACCGCCCCCGUCGCCCCGCCCAUGCCGCACGGCUCCGGCCCGACAGAGGCCAUGAUCGCCCGCCGCAGGGCGUGGUGCAAGGAGUUCAACGCCGAGAAGCGCCGCGCACCGGGCUGGUACGAAAGCCCGGACGAAUACGCCGGCGCCAUCGGCUACUGCGUCCGCUUCUACCUCGACGAGUACAAGCUCAACCCGUCCAAGGCCGGCUGGAUCGAGGAGUCCAUGGACAGGACCCUCGGCCGCAAGAAAUUCUUGGUCGCCGACUUUGAGAAGAAGGCCAGCCCUGCCCCGACCGCGACGCCCACGGCCAACGCUGCCGCCGCCGCCUCGAAGAAGGAAGAUCCCGUCAGCGAGGACGAGGUCCGCGUCAACACUGCCAAGAUGGCGGACAUCCUCAAGGAGAGCCUCGGGCUCACCGACGAGCAGCUCGUGGAGCUGGGCUUCAAGCUCGGCGAGAGCGGCUUUGCUUUGGUGCAUGCCCCUGAGGAGGACUCCGAGGCUUCCUCUUCCCUUCUUUGGCCCCCCAAGUUCGGUCGCCCUGCCCGCCCUCUCAUGCCUCACCCCUUCCGCAAGCAUCUCGGUAAGGAACCCACGGCUAAGGGGCCUGGGGCUACCCAACCCAAGGGCAAGGAGCCUGCGGUUGAGAAGCCCAAGGUCGAGCAGCCCAAGGUUGAGAAGCCCAAGGUUGAGUAUCAGAAGCCCAAGGUAGAGGAUGAGCAACCCGCGGCUAAGGAGCCUAAGGGAAAGGAGAUCGCGGUUGAGCAACCCGCGGCCAAAGAGCCCAAGGGCAAGGAGCCCGCGGUCGAGCAGCCCGCGGCUAAGGAGCCCAAGGGAAAGGAGCCCGCGGGUGAGCAGCCCAAGGUCGAGCAACCCAAGGUCGAGCAACCGAAGGCCGACCAGCCCAAGGCCGACGAGCCCAAGGCCAAGGACACCAAGUCCAAGAAGUCCAAGGAGGAGGAGGAGAUGCCUCACCACGACCACCCUCACGGCGGCCACCACGCCCACCCCCACCACGACGAGCACGACAAGGAGAAGGAAGAGGAGGAGAAGAAGAAGAAGGAGAAGGAGAUGGAGAUGGAGAAGCACCCCUAUCACCCCGACCACCCCCACUUCGAGGAAGAGCCCGUGGAGGAUCACCCGACGCCGAAUCCGCCGAAAAUUCUCCCUGAUUACUUCUAA